ACGCCCCUGGACAGGGACUGCAGCAUUGUGAAUUUAUUCCACACACACUCAAGCAUUUUGCUGAGUAUUGUAAUCACCUUCCCAGAAGGUCUGUUCUUGUGCUGCCAUGGCGGACAUGGCGGGGAUCACCGAGCUCCUCCGCAAGAUGAACGAAAGCCAGACGGCACAACAUCGUGAGCUGCUCGAGAAGGUUACUGCGACGGAGGCCUCAGUGCAGGCGCUGCAAGGCCUACAACCACAGGUCGCGGCGCUCGAGGACUCUGUGUCGGUGCUGGACAAAAAAGUGGAUGCGAAGUGCGCCGAGUGCAUGGAGGCUGUAAAGGCAUUACAGACACAAUAUUCUUCAAGGCCUGCAUCGUCUGCGAGCUCUGCCCGCAGCUGGUCGACAGGUGCCAAAAGACGUCGUGGAGAAAGCUCGCAGGCCUCAACUAUAGCUAUGGAGACGAGUGGUGGACCGACGGACUUUCAGAAUAUAUGCCGCAGGUGGAUCGGGACGUUCCCGAGAAAGGUGCUGGAUGUGACACGCGAACAAGUAUGGAGUGAGAUUUUAGUCCAGCUACCACCGUCGCUGCCUGCUGCUGAUGCAUCGCCACACUUCCAACGAUCGUCUCAGAGUUUCAGUGUGAUUUGGUCGACAGAAGAACAGGCUCGUGACUUUUCAACGUGGUUCGGCAUGAACUGUGUAACCUGGAAGGACCCACGCUGUGGUACAGUGACACAGCUCCGCUGCCGUGGCGACCUCCCUCACGAAAUACGGAUGCGACAACGACACCUAGGACAGGCAUGGAUGCCACUGAUGAAGCUACUCCGUGCACAUCGUGACUGGACCCCUCGGUGCAAGCUGGGAUGCUCUGGAUUCUCGAAUGCGAUCACGGUGACGACGGACAAGGACGUGUGGGACCUCAUACGCGUGGACUCGGACGGCCAUGCGGAGUGGGUCCAGGACGAGUGUGAGGACUGGGGCAUCACGGCUGACUUAGUGAAGCCGAUCAUUGACAUGCUCAACCUGCUCUGACAGGUUCCUGAAGUGAAUGAGGACUGCCGCUCUUUUUCUGUUCCCCCCCUCGCACUCGCCGUCGAGUGUCUUCCCUCUGCCUCCUCCUGUCUCCUGGGUUCCUAGCAGUCGUUUCAGCAUUGGGUCUUGGAAUUCAGCGACUCUUUUCGGUGCCGAGAGUGGGGGCCACAGGCACCAAAGCCAGACCUUUAACACAUUUUUGAGGCUUGC